AUGUACGUGUGCGAGGGCGCCGGCGCCGGCUCGCGCUACGAGUGCGCCUUCGAGCCAGGCCACCACAUGGAGCAGCCACCCUUCGACGACCACAUGUUCGGCGAGUUCGGCAAGGAGCACCACGUGCAGGUGGUGGUGGGCGAGAUCAGCGAGCUAACUACUUUUACGGCGUAUCAACUAGAGGAAUUAGAACGAGCGUUUGAGCGCGCACCAUACCCUGAUGUGUUCGCAAGAGAAGAACUGGCUCUUAAACUUAACUUGUCUGAAUCACGAGUGCAGGUCUGGUUCCAAAAUCGAAGAGCGAAAUGGCCGUUCCCUCAGAAUGGCCUCCCUGCUCCAUCUGACUCCUGGUCGUACCAGCACCCCUAUGAAAUAUCCUCGCACCAUCUUCUGUCAUCAAGCAGUGCUGGAUAUCCAAGUUUCAACACACAGCCGGCAGCGUAUUCUUACACGACCGUCCUCAAUGGUCACGACGGACAAAUGUUCGCUCCGAGGCACUCCUACGAAUACGGAGAAGGUAGUCCGCCUCCGUUGGGAGUCCGCGAUUACCCGAUGAUGGCAGCUCAUUCGCCACAGAUGGAGGCACAUUCACAUGACGAAAAGCUCGAGUAUCGUUCGCACGAGCACGAGGACAAGUACCCGGCGUGUGCGCUGCAGGAGGAGCCGCCGCGGUACGCUGCGCCUGGGGAGGAGUACGACAAGUGCGCACUGGUCGCACACGAUAAGCAUUACGAAAUGGAGCGCCACUCUGACCUCACGCAGCCUGUCGUCGUCAAGAUGGAGCCCAGCAGCGGCCAGGCUUACACCACGCUGCCCCCUUUUUUGAACUGA